AUGUCAUCAAAUCAAGAACAAUAUCCCUUACAUAAAGCUGCAUUUUUAAAUAAUACUGAGAUGGUUCUUCAACUUAUUGAAAAUGGAAUUGAUUUAUAUGAAAAAGAUUUUCAUGGAAAUACUGCCUUACAUAUUUCAACAAUCUUAGGACAUCGUGAAACAACAGCUUUAUUAUUACUAUAUAAUUCUCCUGUUAAAGUAAAAAAUAGUGAAGGAUGGAAUUGUUUACAAGAAGCAAUUAGUUAUGGUGAUAGGCAAAUAAUUACAUCAAUGUUAAGAAAAUUUAAAGAACAAAGUAAUGAAAAGAUGAUAAAAAAUAAACCAUUAUUAAAAAAUGCUUUAACAACAAUUAAUGAUUUUUAUAUGGAAUUAAAAUGGAAUUUUCAUAGUUGGAUUCCUUUUGUAUCAAAAGUCUUACCAUCAGAUACUUGUAAAAUAUAUAAAAAAGGUUCUUGUUUAAGAUUAGAUACAACAUUAGUAGACUUUAAUGAUAGAAGUUGGGAGAGAGGAGAUAUCUCAUUUAUAUUUAAUCCAUGUGCUGAUAAGAUUGAGGAUGAAUUAAUUAUUCUUGAUAAUAAGUCAAAAGUUUUUCAAAGAAUGAGGAGAAUUGAGUCUGAUCUUGAGUUAGAUGAGGAAAUUGAUGUUUUAAUGUCUUCAGAUAUAGUUAGUGCUCAAGCAUCCUCAAAGCCUAUUAAAUUUGUUCGAGAGACAUCCGGAUGGAUAUUUAAACAGGAAAAGUCGCGUAUGAUAGGAGAUUAUGAUUGUGACUUUUAUUCUGUUGAAGGUUUAACCUUAUUAACACGUAAAAGAAGAGAACAUUUAUCACAAGAAGAUAUUAAAAAUAAUAAAGCAUUUUUUAGACAAAUGACAUCAGGAAACUCAAUACCAAAGGAAGAUGAUUUACGAAUCCUUCAACAUAGAAAAAGUCUUCCACCACCAGGUAGAACUUCAACAACAUGGGAAGAGUAUAUUGGAGCAGCAGCUGGUAAUCCUCCACCACUUGGAAGAUGCCAAGUUUUAAAAGAACAUUCUAAGAAUCUCAAAGCAUCUGUUGGAAUGAGUCAAGAUUUUCCAUUAUCAUUAGAAACAUUAAUUCAAAUAUUAGAACAAGUAUCAAGUGUUAGACAUUUUAAUAAAUUAAAAAGGUUUUGUGAAGUUAAACUACCACCUGGUUUUCCAAUAUUUAUCGAAAUGCCUUUAUUGCCAACAAUAUCCGCAAAUAUAUCAUUUAAAAAUUUUGAAUAUCGUGAUGACUUACCAAAUAAUAUGUUUUGUAUCCCAAAAAGUUAUCAUGAAGAUCCAACAAGAUUUCCAGAUUUAUAA